AGGAGCAGCGCGGGGCGGAGGCGCAGGCGGGCGCCGGGGCAGAGCGUGCGGGAGGCGGCGGCCGGAGGGAACGCGCAGGAGGCCGCGCCGGGGUUCUCGGGGCUCGCCGAGCUGACGGGACGGACGAUGGGCGCGCGCGCCGGGCCCCCUGUGCAGCUGGCUGCGCUGCUGUCGCUGCUGCUGCUGCUCGGGCCCGGCGCGCAGGCUGCGCGGGGACGCGGCGCCGACAAGCAGAACACGUUCCGCCGGGCGGCCAGCGGCGUCUACCAGAGCGUGAGCAGCCUGUGCGGGGAGGACAACGUGCGAGCCGUGCAGAAGUUUUUCUCCAGGUCAACAGAGAGGUUUGUAAAUGGCGUGGACAUCUUAGUGGAGACGCUGUGGAGACUCUGGACUGAUCUGCUGGAUGUUCUCGGAAUCGACGCCUCCAACCUGACGCAUUAUUUUAGCCCCGCGGCCGUGGCUAACAACCCCACCCGUGCUCUGCUCUUGGUCGGCGCCGUCCUCCUGGCCUACUGGUUCUUGUCCCUCUUCCUGGGCUUUCUCUUCUAUCUCUUGCACGUCCUGUUUGGUCGCUUCUUCUGGGUCGUGAGGGUCACCCUGUUUGCCCUCUCCUGUGUCUACAUCCUGCAGAAGUAUGAAGGGGAGCCCGAGCAGGCGGUCCUGCCCCUCUGCUUGGUGGUCGCCGUUUACUUCAUGACGGGCCCCGUGGGCUUCUACUGGAGGAGUGGAGGCACCGGCGGCAGCGGCUCCAGCCUCAGCCUGGGCAGCCCCAGCCUGGAGGAGAAGAUUGACCACCUGGACAGCCAGAUCAGACUACUCAACAUUCGCCUCUCCCGGGUGCUCGAAGGCAUCGAUCGAGACGGCGACAAAUGAGGCAAGCCAGGCUGAUCACCGUACGCCAGCCCUUGGAAGAUCAGCAGGCACCGUCUUACUAAAAGUUACAAAGCAACAAAACAGCACAUUGUGAGGGUAUUGGACCACAUGACAACUUUAGGCUGAGAAGAAUUUUUAAAUCACUUGUGUAGAACAUGGAGACACCCUGAGAACCAUUAGUUGUGUAAAAAAAAAUAUUUUUUCGAACAAUAAAACCCACGUUAACCAUA